AUGCCCAUGGCAUAUGAACCCUAUUCACGCCAUGAACCCCGUCACUUUGUCCCGCCAGAUGUGGGCUAUUAUCAUCGCCCCAUGAUGGCAACACCGCCGCCGCCGCGGUUGCCUCCAUUAGGAACAUUACCCGAGACAAGUACGGACCCGAGAUAUAUGCUCUCAUCCGAUAAUGGCUACCUGGCCCACCAUUCUAUGCCGCAGACGCUGCCGUUGCGGAUGCAUCAUCAGGGCCCUGCUUUGGAACCACGGGCAUAUCCUGCGCCGUACGAUGAGAGAUCAAAUUCGAUGUUGAACCCUAGUCGUGAGCCUGCUGCUUAUCGAAUGCGGACCUACGACCAGGAGUCCCAGUAA